GCGACGGAGUCCUGUGUUUGAAAUCGAAAUAGGAGUAGUACCAUGCGGCUGGAAGUGCCUUGAAUCGAGCUUUCCGGUUUUUGAUUUGAAUCUAGACAAGAUGAAGAUAUUUUUCGGAAUUUUUGCUGUUGUUUUAGUGAUCAAAUUAGUUGCAAGCUCCAGUUGUAAGAAGAUAUCUGAACUGGCGGCUUUAGAAGAUGGUGGCACAGUUGUGGAGACAACAUCAAAAAUGCUGACAGGCACAUGGAUUUCAGAAGGAUGUGAAACACGUCCAGGUCCAGAAUACGUCAUCAGAUCUUACACCUUCGAAGAAAAUGGAAAUGCCUUCUUGGUGCAACACCAUUAUUCGGACGAUUCCUGCAGUUCGCCUCAGUUAACUGUUCUCUCGUACGGGCGUUUGCAACUUCGAGACUCUUUCGUACAACCCCAAGCGGCAUCUGGUACCUACAAAAUCCAAAAUAUAUCUGUUAUUCCUCAAGAUACCAACGCAGCGAAGGAGCUAGACAGAACUGUGUCUUUAGAAUGUCCUGGACAAUAUUGGAAGUUGUGGAGAAAAUACGAAGAACACAUUGUAUACGAUGCUCGUUAUGACGAAAAGAAAACUUUUAAUCUAUGGAUGUCAACUGACAAUAACAAUCAUCACGCAGCGAACAGUCGUGGAGGAAAUGUACGUUUUAGCGAUAUCAACUGCUUGGGAUCAUUAAAGUGGGCAUUUACUGAACUCAAAUUACUCAAAGUUCAAUUAAGACCACUGGCGGAUCAAAUUAAGAAGUAUCCAAGACAAGUAAAAAUGGAACUUCUACUCGGUGACAUCCACACGAACUACCGCUUACGCCAGUACCAUAAACCCACAAGCUUCCAAGUCCCUCUGAUAAAGCAAAUUAAAGAACCCGUCACAGUUUUCCUAAAUCGACACUCUUACACGGUCAAGGACGCCCACGUUAUACCCCAAAACCUCUUCACCAACCCACGAACGCCUCCACAUUUACUGGAAAAACCUCAUUUGCCACCUUACAUCUGGGGGGAGUGGACUUCCACUAGAUGCGAAUCCAGACCGAUGGGUCUCUACCUCACCAGAACCUUCUCUUUCUACUCAGAGGAUCAGACUUGGAUCGGAGAGCAUAAGUUCUAUUCAGAUCCGUUCUGCAAGAUUGAGAAAUUCACUGUGACAGCAGCAGGUCGUUUUAUGUUAGGUGAUCAGAACAAAGAGUUAAAGAGCGCCACCAACAUCGACUUCUCAAUUGAGAGAGCCAGUUUAAUGGUGAUCGAUGAGAAAAUGAUUUACGAUAUGAGACUUCCUGGGCUCUGUGGUUUGGAUGAGUGGGAAGUAAACGUACCCAAAGAGCUUUCAACUACGGGAGGAUGUCCUCAGCUGGGAAUAACCCUUCCUUCUAUCUUACAUGAUAUAUUAAAGAUAGAAAUGGAUUAUAAAGGAGCGAUAUUAUUAUUUUUAGGACAAGUUAAGACUGAUAUUUUUAAUACUGCGUCGGAUGGAAGUCUUAGGCCGUCGGCUUUUCAACUCCCUCUCAUGAAAUGCGGGGAAGUACCGGCGUAUUCUCAAGGGCUUAGAGACUUUUUGGAUGAUCAAUUUGGUAGUUUUAAUACUGGUACGAACAGUAACAAAAUUUCAUUUAUCUGGAUGUGGUGCGUGGUUAUUGCGCUGUAUGAAUAUUUUAGAGAUUAAUUUCUUCGUUAAGGCAUCAAUUAUAUUCAAGGAUGGUUAGGUUAGGAAGAAAUCUAUCUGGAAAACUCUUUUAUAUAAAUGUACAUGUUACACUAGGGUCGAAAAAACCAGUGAUAAAUAGUAAAUAUGCUCUCAGGAAUAAGUAGUAGUAUUAUACGGGUAUGUAAUUUUUUAUGAUGUAUGUUUCUGUAUUAUUCUGUUAUAGUCUAUAAAAUGAAUAACUUUGAAUUUUGACCGUUAUUUUUUAC